AGAAACUGGAUGGCAAAUGGUGAAUUCCAAUUUACCAAAAGCAAAAAUUUCAAAAAGCCAGCAUAUAACUUAAUGUGUCAAUGGAUCAUUGAGACUUGGGAAGAUAUUUCUACUGAAAUUAUUGAAAAGUUCUUUAAAAAGUAUAGUAUUUCGAAUAAACUUGAUAGAAGUAAGGAUUAUCUAAUGCAUAGUGAAGAAAAGAAUAAUGAGUUAGAAGAACUAUUUAUUAUUUUAACAGAGGAUUUGGAGAAUGAUUAA